UUAAGAGAUAACAUGCAGACAAUCUCCAGACAUGGAUGAAUAACUUGAAAGAAUAAACACUCUCUUAGAGCUGCAAGAAUUUAUGGAUACGCUUAAUUGUCUUGUAAGACAUAGUUGUCUUGGGUCAAGAGAUAACCUGAAGGAAGUCUCUGGACACAGUCAGAUAACCUCAAAAAGUAAACAUACUUUGAGGAUUUACACUGCUCUUUGUCUAAAACUAGUUGAUCUACCCACUGCUUUUGGAAGAUGGGAUGCCUUCUUUAGAUGGGCAUCGGAUUCAGAGCUGAAUCGUAAAAUAUUAUUGUCUUUGCUUCAAAAGUCUUUGUCCUUUUUAGUAGUCUAUCGGUGAAGAAGUGUUUCUCAGCCUCGGAAGGCGCAGCUUUGCUCCCAGCCUUGCCCUGAAGGUCCCUGUGUGCUGGGCAGCGGCAGGGCGAGGGUUAAUGCUCUGCACCCUACGGGCAGGUCUCGGUUAACCGGUUGCACCCACUGGUCCAUCCAAGGCAAUAAAUAGCCCUGGGAGGUCGCUCAACCCUCUUGGCUACCGGGAAGGAGAUGGAGCAGGGCUCGCCGGUGGCAUCUGGGGCUUUUAGGGCUCGGGGGUGCAGACCCCAGUGCAGGAAUUUUGCCCGUGGAUUCUGUCGAUGGGGUCAGAGUUGCCGCUUCUCACACGAUAGAAAACAAGGUCAGAUCUGUAGGUACUUCCAGAGCGGUUUUUGUAGGUACGGAGAGCGGUGCAGCUAUGAACACAUCCAAGAGGAACCGGUGGCAGUGGGGACCCGUUAUGGCCCCGUGUCCCCCAGUUUCUGGGACUCGGAGCCCAGCAGCGUGCCUGCCCGGGACUUGGGGAGACCCCAGGAUUCAGGGGGACCUCUGCCCAGUUCAGCCCACCCUGUCCCCAGUGUGGUGCGCGUGGCUUUCAAGUUCCCAAAUGUGGAGGUUGAGGAAGAGGAGACACACAAGGAGAACAUCCCAGCACCUCACAACGUCCACCGUGGGGCCAUCAGCAGAGAAUUUGUCCCUGCACGAGCUCAGGGUGCCCCAGGUGGGUGUUGUUCCCAACUGCAACGGCUGGGGCUGGCUCCCAAUUCCCUGGAUCCCGGAGAGGCAGUGGUGGGGACGUCGACGUGGAGUGCUUCUGCAGAGGUCCCUGCGGAGCUGGGUGCUGCAGCAGCUCCGGUGCCCACCGCGGCGCUGAGGGCACGGAGCGAGGCCGUGGUGUGCGGCAUCUGCAUGGACCGGGUGUACGAGAAGGCACUGCCGGAGGAAAGGCUCUUUGGGAUCCUCCCCAACUGCAGCCACGUCUACUGCCUGGGCUGCAUCCGCAAGUGGCGUCGCAGCCGGGAUUUCCAGAGCGGGGUCGUCAAGGCCUGUCCGGAGUGCCGGGUCAUCUCCAAUUACUACAUCCCCCACAAAUACUGGGUCUCGGAUGUGAGUGAGAAGGAGAAGCUCAUCGAAACCUUCAAGGCGCGAACGAGGAAAAUCAGAUGCAAGUUCUUCACGCGGAAUCGCGGCUGCUGCCCGUUCAAGUCGGAAUGCAUCUACCUACACGAGCUGCCCACGGGCCGGCGGCGGCGGCGCAGGCGGCAGCGCCCAAGGAUGCCUGUUGUAAGUGGGGUGUGGCAUUCUGGGGGGCGUUGGAGAACCUCACGGCUCUGCAACGUGGCUCAGGGCGAGGGUUCAUCCUCUCUCCUGUGCUGCAGUUCAGCCCUUCGCUCUCGGAGAGCUCGGAUGAAGAGGAUGAGGAUCUCGAGUGGGCUCUCGCCCUCUCCCUGAUGGACUCAGGCUUCUGGUCCAUGAGAUGCGGCCAUGAGACGUUCUUCAUGCACUUCAGUGACUCUGACUAAGCUAUGACCCCCUGUGCCGCGUCCGGGUGCUGCUGG